AUGGGACUCACAGGCUACAUACGAGCAAGCCAAGCAGCACGACACAUACCCCAAAUACACGCUUUUGACACUUGGACUGUCAUAGACUGUGUUGCUGGGCGCGCCAGAUCGCAGUCGGCGGCUUUCACACGUGCGCGCGAGGGCGACAAGGAGCACAGAGGCGCGACUUACUUGCGCUCCGCUCGUCUCACGUUGACGAUGAUAUCCAAGCCACGGGACGCGUCCCUGGCUAUGAACUAA